AUGUCAGACACAGUAGGAAAAGUAUGUACUGCCACCGGCCAUAGCUUCCUUUUUUCGAAAAAUUCCGAUUCCAGAGGGGCAUAUAUAUAUUGGAAAAACCCGCCACCAACAACCCUGAUGGUUUUCGAGUUUGGCGUUAGAGUAAAGACAUUGUUACUAACCAGUUUCUCCUUGCUUUUCACAGACAAUUACCUGUAAAGCCGCAGUGGCAUGGGAAGCCAAGAAGCCGUUGAGCAUCGAAACCAUUGAAGUUGCUCCACCCAAGGCGCACGAAGUGCGUAUCAAGAUCAUCGACACUGGUGUCUGCCACACUGACGCGUACACUUUGAGUGGAUUGGACCCCGAGGGAGCUUUCCCCGUGAUUUUGGGACACGAAGGUGCCGGAAUUGUUGAAUCUGUCGGUGAAGGCGUCACCACGGUGAAGCCCGGGGAUCACGUGGUUGCCUUGUACACUCCCGAGUGUGGCCAGUGUAAAUUCUGCAAGAGUGGCAAGACCAACUUGUGUGGUGCCAUUAGAGCCACUCAGGGUAAAGGUGUCAUGCCCGAUGGAACCUCCAGAUUCACUUGCAAGGGUAAGGAAUUGUUGCACUUUAUGGGGUGCUCGACUUUUUCACAGUACACCGUUGUGGCAGACAUCUCGGUUGUUGCCGUCAACCCAAAAGCUCCUUUCGACAAGGCUUGUUUGUUGGGAUGUGGUAUCACUACUGGUUAUGGUGCUGCCACCAUCACCGCCAAUGUCCAAAAAGGCGACAAUGUUGCUGUUUUCGGUGCUGGUUGCGUUGGCUUGUCGGUGAUUCAAGGUUGUAAAGAACGAGGAUGUGCCAAGAUUAUCGUGGUUGACAUUAGCGAUAAGAAGGAAGAAUGGGCAUUCAAAUUCGGGGCUACUGACUUUGUCAAUCCUACCAAAUUGGCCGAAGGAGAAAACAUAGUUCUGAAGUUGAUUGACAUGACCGAUGGCGGGUGCGAUUACACGUUUGACUGUACCGGUAACGUCAAUGUCAUGAGAGACGCCUUGGAGGCGUGCCACAAGGGUUGGGGCCAGUCGAUCAUUAUUGGUGUUGCGCCAGCUGGCAAGGAGAUUCAAACUAGACCAUUCCAAUUGGUCACGGGAAGAGUCUGGAGAGGUGCCGCUUUUGGUGGUGUCAAGGGUAGAUCCCAAUUGCCAGGAAUCGUUGACGAUUACUUGGACGGUAAGUUGAAAGUGGAGGAGUUUAUCACUCACAAGCACGACUUGGAUGCGAUCAAUACUGCUUUCGACGACAUGCACAAGGGAGACUGUAUCAGAGCCGUGGUCAAGUUAUGA